AUGGAGAAAAGACACGAGAAACAAAUCCACAUCCUCAUCCUAUCAUCCUGGCGCUCUGGCUCUUCUUUCCUUGGCCAGAUAUUAAAUCAUCACCCCAGUGUUUUCUAUGUCUAUGAGCCAGCAAGGAUGGUUUGGGUUAAAUUUCCCCGCGAAAAAGCAAGUCUUCUCCACUACCCUGUACGAGAUCUCCUACACUCUCUGUUUAACUGUGAUAUGUCUCCUCUGCAUGACUACCUUCCCCGAAAUGGGCGUUACAUAACCGAUCUUCACUUUUGGUCAGAAAGUCGGGCUUUAUGUUCACCACCAGCCUGUGAAUCCUUUGCCAUGGAUACAGAGUAUGACCGGCCUUCGUGCUUCCAACGGUGUGGUCAUGCCCCCUUGGAAAAGAUGACCCAAGCCUGUAAAGUCCACAAACACGUUGUACUAAAAACAGUUCGAGUAUUUGACCUUGGUGUUCUUCUUCCACUCCUCCAGGAUACCAAGCUAGACCUUAGGAUUGUCCACCUCGUAAGAGACCCUCGAGCUGUGGCUUUUUCACGGCUGAGCUUUCCUCUCAAGGAUGAAGAUCUCAUAGUGGUCAGAGACACAGAAAACUGGGAAAACAAACAGGGUGCUCCCAACGUCACCAAUGUUAUGGCCAAUAUCUGUAGGGCUCAAGUUGCAAUUAACGAGUUCAGCAAAAAAGUGGACAUAUCUUUGCCAGGAUUUUAUAUGUUGGUACGGCAUGAAGAUCUGGCAAGAAAACCCUUGUCAACGGUUGAGAAGAUUUACAACUUUGCGGGUCUCAGCCUCACUGAAAAUCUUAAGGAUUGGUUAUACAAUGUCACUCACCAACGCCGACCAACACAAACUAGAUUCAUGAGCUUUGCUGAGAACUCCAAACAGGUCAUUCAAAAAUGGAGAGAUGGUCUCGACCACAGACUAGUGCAGGAAAUUCAAGAACAAUGUGAGAAGGCCAUGGAAGUUUUUGGAUACAUACCAGUCAGGACUAUGAAAGAGCAGCGUGAUCUAAAAUUCAAUGUAAUGACAGAUGUAAAAGACAAUCAAUAG